GACCACUGCAACAGCAUGAUUGCGCUAAGCAUAAGCGACAGCAGCCGGGCCCGGAGACAGACUUGGAGAGGGACCAUGGCAGUAUUGGCGUGUAAGUGUCCCCGGACCCGACUGCCAAUGGGAGCUAGUGCCUUGGGCGUCUUUGUUCUCUGCUGGCUCUACGUCUUCCCAGUGUACCGGCUGCCCAACGAGAAGGAGAUUGUGAACGGGGUGCUGCAGCAGGGCAAAGCAUGGAGGAGAAACCAGACUGCAGCUAGAGACUUCAGGAAAGAAAUGGAACAAUGCUGUGACCCAGCCAAUCUCUUUGCUAUGACUAAACAAAAUUCCCCUAUGGGGAAGAGCAUGUGGUAUGAUGGGGAAUUAUUAUACUCUUUCACCAUUGACAAUUCAACUUACUCCCUCCUCCCCCAGGCUACUCCAUUCCAGCUACCAUUGAAGAAGUGCUCAGUGGUGGGAAAUGGUGGGAUUCUGAAGAAGAGUGUCUGUGGCCGACAAAUAGAUGAAGCAAAUUUUGUCAUGAGGUGCAAUCUUCCUCCUCUGUCCAGUGAAUACAAUAAAGAUGUUGGAUUCAAAACCCAUUUGGUGACAGCUAACCCCAGCAUAAUUCGGAAAAGAUUCCAGAACUUGCUUUGGUCCCGGAAGACAUUUGUCGAUGACAUGAAAGCAUAUAACCACAGCUACAUUUACAUGCCUGCUUUUUCUAUGAAAACAGGGACUGAGCCGUCUCUCCGGGUUUAUUAUACAUUGGCAGAUGUGGGUGCCAACCAAACAGUGCUUUUUGCCAAUCCCAACUUUCUUCGUAGCAUUGGUAAAUUCUGGAAAAGUAGAGGAAUUCAUGCUAAGCGCUUAUCUACAGGUCUUUUUCUUGUCAGUGCCGCCCUGGGCUUAUGUGAAGAAGUGACCAUCUACGGCUUCUGGCCUUUCUCAAUGAAUUUGCGUGAGCAGUCUAUUAGUCAUCACUACUAUGACAAUGAGCUCCCUUAUUCAGGCUUCCAUGCUAUGCCAGAGGAAUUCCUUCAGCUUUGGUAUCUUCAUAAAAUUGGAGUGCUAAAAAUGCAACUAGAACCAUGUGAAGACCUCUCACUCCAACCCACUUCCUAAGGACUAAGGCAGAGGAAGUGAAUGGGUCAAUGCAAUGUUUUUAAUGCUUGUGUGUGAAUAUGCAGGAGGGAAAACAUUCAGACUUAUUUAUGGAUUUGCGUAGAUCACUUAAGAAAAAAGAAACAAAAUGCUAUGGUUUAAGCA